AUGGAACUCCUCUGCCUCGAAGACUUCAAAGAGACAAAGCUUGAUCCCAAUUGGACUGCUUUUGAUUACUUGCUAGAGGCAGCCAAAGUUGGCCUAGAGAAAAUGCAGAAACCAAACUUCAAACUCAGAUACGGAGAAGUAAAGAAAAGACAUGAUUUUGGGUACUUGAAGUAUUUUCUGUACAAUGCGCCGGAACCUCCAACCCAAACACUGUGGGAGAGCUUGGACAAGAAUGUUGGGCUGAAAAAUAAACGCAAACUCAAGGAAGAAGAUGAUGAAGAAUGGGAGGAACUGAAGCAGAAAUUGAAGAGAAGCAAGAAAGAGAAACCUGUUCGCUCAAUCCCACCACCAGACCUGCCUGAGAACUUCAAACAACAUAUAGUUGAAAAAAAGGGUGGUUCGGGUUGGAUUCUAGUGAUACAAAAGCCACUUUUUUACUCUGACGUGAACCCUCAAGCCAGUCGAUUCUCCAUGCCUUUUUCACAACUCAAAACUCAUGAGUUUCUCAACAAAACAGAGGCUGAAGAUUUGGAUGAUGAAAAAGGCAUGAAAGUAUGCUUGUUAGAACCAUCAAUGGAGGAAAUUAGUGUGACUUUAAAAAAGUGGAAAUAUACGGGAAAAAGUUCAAGUUAUGUCAUGACGAGCACGUGGAACUCUGUUGUGAAGGACAACCGACUCAAGAUAGACGACAUUGUGCAGCUCUGGUCUUUUAGAGCUAAAUCAAAGUUGUGUUUUGCACUUGUAAAAGUCCAAGUUCCAACAAGGAAUUAG